AAUCUCCCAAAAAACUUAAAUUUUCUUUCUCAUUUCUCACUUCAUCAAUGGAUCUUUUCAUGGCGAUAUCUUUGUUAUCAUUUCUUUGCUUCAUCUUCUUCAUUUGUAAGCCAUUUUUACACAAGAGGAACCAGUGCUGUUACCUUAUAGGGUACGAGUGUUACAAAGCACCCGACGACAUGAAACUCGACACCGAAACCUGCGGGAAACUCAUUUUCAGGAACAAAAACCUGGGUUUAAACGAGUACAAGUUUCUGCUUCAAGCAAUGGUGAAUGCCGGCAUCGGUGAAGAAACAUACGGUCCAAGAAACGUCAUCGACGGCACCGAAGAAACCCCGAAGCUCUCCAAUUCGCUUUCGGAGAUCGACGAUAUUGUUUUUGGUACUCUCGAUAAACUCUUCGCUAACACUGGUGUUUCACCGUCAGAAAUCGAUGUCCUUGUGGUUACUAUCUCGAUGAUUUCUUCGGUUCCAUCGUUGCCGGCACGGGUUAUCAAUCGGUACAAGAUGAGGGAAGAUGUUAAAGUGUUUAAUCUAUCCGGAAUGGGGUGCAGUGCAAGUGUUAUUGCGGUUGAUCUCGUUCAUCAUUUGUUUAAAACAUACAUGAAUUCAUUUGCAGUCAUUGUUAGCUCGGAAUCUUUGAACCCUAAUUGGUAUUGCGGCAAAGAAAGAUCGAUGAUGCUCCCGAAUAUAUUGUUCCGGUUGGGGGGAUGUUCGUUGUUGUUGACGAACAAAACAUCGAUGAAACAUAAAGCUUUGAUGAAAUUGAAGCUCUCGGUUCGAUUCCACGGCGGAUCGAGCGACGAAGCCUAUGAAAGUUGCACCCGAAUCGAAGAUUCCGAGGGUUACUGUGGUUUUUUCCUUACUAAAACCUUGCCGAAAGCUGCCGCGAAAGCCGUAACGAUGAAUCUUCGGGUUCUAGUCCCGAAGAUGUUACCGCUACGUGAACUUUUUCGCUACGCGAUCGUCUCGUUCGUGUAUUCUAAAUAUAAUCACAAGGGGAAAUCCCCAACAUUGAACAUGAAAUCAGGAUUCCAACACUUUUGUGUACACCCCGGUGGAAGGGCGGUGAUCGAUGGAAUGGGACGGAGUUUGGGGCUAAACGAAUACGAUCUCGAACCGACUCGGAUGGCGCUUCAUCGGUUCGGGAACACAUCGGCGGCCGGGAUAUGGUACGUUUUGAGUUACAUGGAAGCUAAGAAAAGGCUUAAGAAAGGUGAUAGGGUUUUGAUGAUAAGUCUUGGAGCUGGUUUUAAAUGCAACAAUUGUGUGUGGGAAGUGAUGAAGGACGCCAUGGAUGAUGUUAAUGUGUGGGGAGAUUGUAUCAGUCGAUAUCCUCUGAAAUCUACGGCCAAUACUAAGUUCCUGGAGAAGUACAGAUGGAUCCAUGAAUCCGACCCGACUCUGAGCAAGAAAUUCGAGAAAAUCGAAAAUCGAUUCGAAUCUUAAUAUUUAUUUUCAGU